AACCGACGGUUUCUAAAACGCCACGUCAGCAGCUCUGCCACUACAAAUAGGCAAUGCGCUAAGACCUCAUUUGCUACUCUUAAAACCUGACAAGGAGGCGUAUAUCACACCCUCUCUCAUUUCUUACCCGAUCUCAACCGAAGACACGAUGGCCACGAUCCAGUCCGUCAAAGCAAGGCAGAUCUUCGACAGCCGCGGGAAUCCAACAGUCGAGGUGGAUAUUACUCUAUCAGAUGGUACAUUGUCUAGAGCUGCAGUUCCAAGCGGCGCAUCAACGGGAAUUUAUGAAGCUCUGGAAUUGCGAGAUGGAGGGGCAGAUUAUCUCGGAAAAGGUGUAUCAAAGGCUGUAGCAAAUGUCAAUUCGAUCAUCGGACCUGCAUUGAUUGGAAAGGAUCCAACAGAGCAGACUAGUAUCGAUAACUUCAUGGUGCAACAACUUGAUGGAACUGUAAAUGAGUGGGGUUGGUGCAAACAAAAGCUGGGUGCAAAUGCUAUACUAGCAGUGUCUCUUGCUGUAUGCAAAGCAGGGGCUAGUGUAAAGAAGAUCCCCCUUUACAAGCAUAUCGCCAACCUUGCCGGUAACAAAACCUUGGUGCUGCCAGUUCCAGCUUUCAAUGUCAUCAACGGAGGUUCUCAUGCAGGAAACAAACUUGCAAUGCAGGAGUUCAUGAUCCUUCCCGUAGGAGCUUCCUCUUUCAAAGAGGCAAUGAAGAUGGGUGUGGAAGUAUAUCAUCAUUUGAAGGCUGUGAUAAAGAAGAAAUAUGGUCAAGAUGCAACCAAUGUCGGCGAUGAAGGCGGCUUUGCUCCUAAUAUUCAGGAGAAUAAAGAAGGCCUUGAGUUGCUCAAGACUGCCAUUGCCAAAGCAGGCUAUACAGGAAAAGUUGUUAUUGGAAUGGAUGUUGCUGCUUCUGAAUUUUAUGGCUCUGAUAAAACCUAUGAUCUGAACUUCAAAGAAGAGAAAAAUGACGGGUCGCAGAAGAUAUCAGGAAAUGCUUUAAAAGAUCUCUACAAAUCAUUUGUGGCUGAGUAUCCAAUUGUAUCAAUAGAAGACCCGUUUGAUCAAGAUGACUGGGAGCAUUACUCCAAGUUAACCUGUGAGAUUGGGGACAAAGUACAGAUAGUGGGGGAUGACCUAUUGGUCACCAACCCAAAGCGUGUUGAGAAGGCAAUCAAUGAGAAGACAUGCAAUGCCCUUCUGCUCAAGGUUAAUCAAAUUGGAUCUGUGACUGAGAGCAUUGAAGCUGUGAAAAUGUCCAAACGUGCCGGAUGGGGAGUUAUGGCCAGCCAUCGCAGUGGUGAGACUGAGGACACUUUCAUCGCUGAUCUUUCUGUUGGUUUGGCCACGGGCCAGAUUAAGACUGGAGCUCCAUGCAGGUCAGAGCGGCUUGCGAAGUAUAAUCAGUUUGUGUGAAAGAUCUCAGUCGUUCAUUUAAUCACAAGGCCCACCAUUUGUCUGCAAUGGUGACGAAGUAGGCUGCUCUAGUCAUCCAGUGGUUUAUACAUGUGCAGAAAAUGGACAGUUAAAACAAAUCCCCAACAGUCCACACUCAACAUGAAAUACAGGCUACCUGAUAGCUGGACCGACAUGAUUUUCUAUUUUUUGAUGCAUGGUGGGUCCACCUGACAAGCAACCCAUCUCUCAUACAUGGGGAAAGUACGGUUUAGAAUCCUUCUCCAUUAAUUGGAGAUUCUGGAAGCCUAUGGAGGACUUGCAGACCACAUAUACCCACUUUGUUUUGCAGUCCUGGUGGGCCACAUGCAAAACACUG